AUAUAUAAAAAGAAUAGUUAUCACCAUCAAACUGGGAACUUUUUAAUGCAUGAUCUGAUGAAUUAUUUGAACACAAUAUGGUAACUUGCAGAUCAGGUGAAACAGACAUAAAUUUGAGCAUGGCAUAUAUAUAUAUCUGACUAGAUAAAAAAAAUUUCAAGAACAUUUGAAUUGAUAUUUUCAACAGGUUGGACAAAGAGAUGACAGGGUAAAACAAUUAAAGGAUGAAGAUGAGGAAGGAUGUUGUGUUCCAGGCAUACCAAAUGAGAUAAAUCAGUUGGAAGGAGACCAACCACAAGUUUCACUCAUAGAUGUACAGCUGCCUAAACCAGUCACUGCCUCAUAUAAAACAGUGAGAAAAGGAAUUGCCUUCAACCUUGAUAUUGCUUGCGGUUAUCUGGCAGAUGAAACAGUCAAAAUAGUGGGGAUAUUGGGCAUGGGUGGUGUAGGCAAGACCACACUCUUGGAAAAAAUCUACCAAUCGUUGUUAGAUGAUGCAAACAUGGGAUUCGAUCUUGUGUUAUUUAUCGAAGUUUCACAAAAUUUUAUGUUAGAAAAACUUCAGAAAGGGAUUGCUAAAAAGUUGCAUUUGGCCUCUUUUGCUGGUAAAGAAGACAUCUUCAAUGUCCUAAAAACAAAGAACUUUGUAUUGCUCCUGGAUGAUCUAUGGGUGGGAGUAGAUCUUGCUGAUGUUGGAAUUCCGCAUAUGUACAGCGGUCAUAAUUACACCAAACGAUAUAAACAUAAAGUGAUUUUCACUACUCGAUCAAAAGAUGUGUGUGCUUGGAUGGGAGCAAGCAAAGGGAUUACAGUGGAAUGCUUGGAACCAGAUGAAGCUUGGGAUCUUUUCAAGGACAAUGUUAAUUUAGAUGUUAUUGAGUCAAACCAAAGAAUCAAUGAAAUAGCAAAGGAAGUGAUGAAUGAGUGCAAUGGUUUGCCACUCGCUCUGAAAGUGAUUGGUAAAGCCAUGUCAAACCAAAGAACUCUCCAAGAGUGGGAAUUUAUUCUGAGGUCACUAAAAGAUUCGGGUACUAAAAUAAUUCCAGGUGUUGAGCAAUCAGUAAUUCCUAUUUUAAAAUUCAGUUAUGAUAAUCUGCCUGAUAAUAUCAAAGAUUGCUUCUUAUCGGCUUCCAUGUUGCAAGGGAAAUCUAAAUAUGAAAUUUUAGAAUGUUGGAUGGGUUUAGGCCUUAUUGGUGAUUUUGUCUAUCUACAAGAGGCUUAUGACAAGUCAGAGUAUAUCCUUAACAUUCUAGAGAAAUCAUGUUUGGUGAAUGUAUCCAAUCAUAGUGUUGUGCGCUUACAUGAUGUAAUUUAUGAGAUGGCAAUGUGGAUAGCAUCAUACCUUGGGAUGAACAAGAAGAAAUGGAUAGUGAAACAAUAUGGUGGGGUGGCAAAAUUAUCAACAGACAACACACAGAAUUGCAGAUUUGCAGGCAGAGUGAUUAUAGACGUCAUCAUGCUUGUGCCAAUUUUUCCUCAUCGGUGUUCUAAUUUGUUGUAUUUAAUGAUACAUAGUCAUUUUUUGGAAAAAAUCCCUGAAGGGUUUUUCCGACAAAUGCCAAAAUUGGAAUAUUUGGAUCUUUCAGAAACUGGUAUUAAAGGGCUUCCAAAGGACAUCAAAUGUUUGGUUAAUUUACAAUACCUAAACAUUUCAUUCACGAAUAUCACAUCACUUCCAGAGGAGUUGGUAUAUUUGAAUAAAUUGCAAUAUCUGAUAUGCAGAAACGUGCGAUGGCUUGGAAAGGUAGUGGAUGGUCUCAUGCCAAGAUUACACAAGUUGAAGGUCAUUGACCUAUAUCCAACUGGGUGGGUAAAACCAGAAGAGUUAAAGAUACUGAAGAAACAUGUCAAAGCAAUAGGAAUGUGUGUAGAAUCAGAAGAGGUUCUCCAACAACUCUCAUGUUUGCCAACUACGCAGCUUUGUAUAGAAUAUUUGGAUAACUUAAUCUCUCUUCUAUUUGACACUUUAAGUCACAAAAAUCAUGGAUUCUUGCAUUCACUACAAAUUAGAUCAUGCCCAAACCUUGAGAAGCUUGUGAUGAAUGGAAGUGCGACUCAUCUCAAUGACCUCAUAAUCUAUGAUGUCCAAAAUCUGCAGAAUAUUAUUUGGCCAGAUCUACUUCCUCCACAAUUUUUUCAUAUGUUGAAGACGUUAGAAAUAUCUAAAUGUAAUUUGGCCAGUUUUGCUUGGGCUCUGCGUCUCCCAUGUCUUUUUAUAUUAAACAUAGAAGAUUGUGGAGAGACAGAGACGUUGUUUUAUGUCGAGGAGGGAGAAAUCCAACAAAUCUCAGAAUGGCCUAUGUUCCCUGCCCUGCAAUCUUUGUUUUUAAGAAAGCUACCAAAAUUAGUGAGCAUAAGUAAUUUUGCUUUGGAUUUCCCUCAACUUUCAUGGCUUUCAGUGCGUCAAUGUCCAAAACUUAAGAAGCUUCCCUUCAAGAGUGGCAUUAACGGCUGCCAGAUGAUCAACAUUAAUUGUGAAAGAAAAUGGUGGACAAGCUUAGAGUUUCAUGCUCACCUUUCACCUCACUAUGUUUGGUCGGAUGACAGUGAUGCAGGCUCAAUUAGUUACAGUGCAUGAAGGGUUUUUUUUGUCGGUAUCUCAUGCUCAAACCAAGUCCAUAAUUUCCUGGGUUUUGCAUCUGCAAAAGCUUCUCAGAAUCCCAAAUUCGCAAUUAAUCAGCGAUCUACUAAAUUUACUAUGCAAUUAUGCUUUGGAUUUAUGCUUUGGAUUGCUCCGGUGUUGUUUAUGGUUUCCUUCUUAAAUCUGAACAUUUUGAUUGGUUUCCUAUUUAUGCCGCUGUGAAAGACAUGAUUUGGUUUUCAUGUUGGAGGUCUCUUUAUCAUUAUUAUCUUGUGUAUUUUUAAAUCAAGUUUGGUUUGGAAGUUCAUCAAUUGAAGAUAUUAAUUGUUGGAUUUUGCAUCUUAAUUUCAUGCGAACUAUUUUCAAGCAAUUAAGUUGUGCUAACUAUUCAUGUUGAAUUUAUAUGGAAGCGUAUAUACUAAAGAUAUUGCUUAUCUAGUUAAUUAUAUCACUUACACUGCUAAGAAUUACUUGAGGAUUUGGUUCUGCUUAUAUGCAGAAUGGUCUACAGUGAGGGAGGGGGCCUUUCAAACUGGGACCUGACUCUGUAUAAUUUGGUACCAUCGUUGUGAUGUAUUUUUUAUUUUUAUCUUUUUCUUCUCUUUCUUUUCGUCUUUUGGCAGGUGAAAGAAGAAAACAAAGGCAAAAGCAGGAGUAGAUGGAAGUGCUGCUGGUAAAACUAUUUAUAAGAAAACAAAGGCAAACCAGGAGGAUCAAAAUUCGAAUAUCGCAUUGCUAAAGAAGCACUCGUACAAAAUUGGUCAUUUGUUAAUUACAACAGUUACUGAUAAGGUGGUUUCUGUCACAAUUUUGUAUUAUUCUCAACUGGUCAUCUUGUCUGCUUGGGAUUAAAUUAUUUUGUCUUUCACGACACAUUUCUAAUGUUGGUGUUAUGAUUUAUUAUUAUUUUAUUAUAAAUUUGUUUAUUUUUAUGUGCAGAUAAAAAUGUUGCUAGCUCGGUGUGGAAAUGAAGGUUUUGGCACUUCAAAGAAGAGUUUUUAUGUUAUGUGGGAGUUGAAUGGAAUUUCCUCAAGGAUUCAAAGUGAUAGGGAGAACCGGGUCGUCAAAUCCUCUUAGAAGAUCCAACGACCUGAAAAUCAGUGAAAGAGUUGAGUUUGCAAUGCUAGAAAAGGAGUUUCAGCAAUUUCUCUAGUUGAGUGCUGUCAAAAAAAAAAAUUUCAGGUUAACUUGAGAUCAAAAGAUCAUCUACGGUCAGUUAAGGAAGAUGAUGUCAUAAUCAUGAUAUCUUAUUUCUUUCUGUAUAAUAAUAUAUGAUAUUUACAUUAAUAUCUAUACCUAUAAAGCAUUUUUUUUUU